GGGAGCGCAUUCCAGGAAGGGGAGGAGGGCGGUCAGCGAGAGCGCCCAGAUCCGCAAUGAGGAAUACGGUCUUCCGGUCGGUUAAGCCAGUCCUGGGAUUGAUGAGGAGGUGGUUGGGAUUAAUUAAAAUUAAUUAAAAAUUAAUUAAUUAAAAAGCGAGAGAUGAAGGGCUAAGGAAGCGCCCAGGGGAGAAUCCCGGCAAUCAGCACAGAUUCUUCGCGCAACUGCGCACGCGUGAAGGCCGGACGGAGCGCGAUACCUCAGGGCCCUAGGUUUUCCGUGCCGGCGCUCUGAACUACUGUCUGUGGCGUGUGGGACUGUUGAAGAAAUGGCUGAUUCUGAUGAUGAUGACAUCCCUCAGCUUUCUUCCCAUACCCUAGCAGCUCUGCAAGAAUUUUAUGAUGAACAGCAGCAUCGAAACACUGACCCUGGUGAAGACAAUAAAUAUAACAUUGGAGUAAUAGAAGAAAAUUGGCAAUUGAGUCAGUUUUGGUACAAUGAAGAAACUGCCUUACAAUUAGCUACUGAAGCUAUUAUGGCUGCUGGUAAAGGUGGAAGGAUAGCAUGUGUCAGUGCCCCCAGUGUUUACCAGAAAUUAAGAGAAUUGAAGGAUGAAGACUUUUCAGUGUGUAUCUUGGAAUAUGACAAAAGAUUUGCUGUAUAUGGAGAGGAGUACAUCUACUAUGAUUACAAUAAUCCUUUAAAUUUGCCUGAAAAUCUUACUCCACAUAGUUUUGACAUUGUUAUUGCUGAUCCACCUUAUCUUUCUGAAGAAUGUCUCAGAAAAACAGCAGAAACCAUCAAGUUUCUAACACAAGGAAAGAUUCUGCUUUGCACAGGUGCUAUCAUGGAGAAAGAGGCAGCAGAACUUCUCGGGGUGAAGAUGUGCAAAUUUAUUCCAAAACACACUCGAAAUCUGGCAAAUGAGUUUCGAUGUUAUGUUAAUUAUGAUUCGGGACUGAAUUCUGAAGUUAAAUAUUCAUAGUACUAUAAUACAAAAAAAUAUUCUAAAUAAAAUUCUAUUUUCUUUAACUCA